AAAAAAAAGAAACACAACACACAAAAGGAAGUAUAGAAACGGAAGGAAGGAACAUCAGAAAGGAAGGAAGGAAACGGACACUUAAGUGAAAUUUAUAUAUAUAUAAAUAUAUUUUUUAAAACUUGAAAUCGGGUUAAAUUAAACGGCAACAAAACGGCGACCAUCGGCUAUCAAAUGAUGAAACGACGCUGGUCGAAUAAUGGUGGAUUCCUUCGAUUACCGGAGGAAUCCUCCUCGGAGGUAACAUCAUCCUCCAAUGGCCUAGUGUUGCCUUCGGGUGUAAAUAUGUCGCCAUCCUCAUUGGAUUCGCAUGAUUAUUGUGAUCAAGAGUUGUGGCUAUGUGGCACAGGUAAUGAUGUUGGUGCCACCUAUGGUGGUGGCAAUGGACAGCAGCAACAACAGCAACAACAACAGCAGCAACACCAACAACAGCAGCAGCAGCAGCAACAACAACAGAGUGUCAUUGCUCUGGCUAUGCACAAUUGUUCCAGCACAUUGCCUGCCCAGACUACCAUCAUACCUAUCACUAGUAACAACAAUAAUAACAACAACAACAAUAAUAAUAACAAUUAUGUACCAGGAGCCACCAAUUUGGGUGCCCUAACCAAUGGUCAUGGUUUAGGUGGCAUGACAAAUUUAACAAAUAACAUUCAACAGAUGCAAAAUGGUCAUAAUAACAACAACAAUAUGAUCAAUUCCACAACUUCCAUGCAACAACAGAAUGGCUUAAAUGGUGGUGGAGGAAAUGUCAUCGGCGGAGGAGUUGGCAUCGGAAGCGGAGGCAUUGGCAUUGGCAGUUUAAGUCUCAAUUCACAUCAUCACACAAAUGGAAAUUCCAAUGGCCUUGCCAACAACAACAACAGCAACAACAACGGCAUCGGAAUAGGAGGAGGCAUUAACAUUAACGGUGGCAUGGUGGGCAUGGCCAUGCAACAUACACCGCGCAGUGAUUCAGCAAAUUCCAUUUCAUCAGGUCGCGAUGAUCUCUCGCCCUCGAGCAGCCUCAACGGCUAUUCGGCCAAUGAGGGUUGCGAUGCCAAAAAGAGCAAAAAAGGACCAGCGCCACGAGUCCAGGAGGAGCUCUGUUUGGUGUGCGGCGAUCGGGCAUCGGGCUACCACUACAAUGCUCUCACCUGUGAAGGAUGCAAGGGCUUCUUUCGACGGAGUGUCACCAAGAGUGCGGUCUAUUGUUGUAAAUUUGGGCGAGCCUGCGAGAUGGAUAUGUAUAUGCGACGCAAGUGUCAGGAGUGUAGACUGAAAAAAUGCCUGGCUGUGGGCAUGAGGCCGGAGUGUGUGGUGCCCGAGAAUCAGUGUGCAAUGAAACGGCGCGAAAAGAAGGCCCAAAAGGAGAAGGACAAGCUAACCACAUCACCCAGUUCACAGCAUAGUGGCGGCGGCGGUGGAGGCGGAGGCAUCGGCGGUGGUGGUGUUGGCUCUGGCAAUGGCACGGGCAUGGGCGGCAAUGGAAGUGGUUCCAUUGGCACCCAUGAUUAUGUUAAGAAGGAGAUACUCGAACUGAUGACAUGCGAUGCACCGCAGCAUGCCACAAUUCCGCUACUACCUGAUGAAAUUUUGGCCAAGUGUCAAGCGCGCAAUAUACCUCCACUAACGUACAAUCAAUUGGCCGUUAUAUAUAAAUUAAUUUGGUAUCAGGAUGGCUAUGAGCAGCCAUCCGAAGAGGAUCUCAAGCGUAUUAUGAGCCAACCCGAUGAGAAUGAGAGUCAAACGGAUGUCAGUUUUCGGCACAUCACCGAGAUAACCAUACUCACGGUACAGUUAAUUGUUGAAUUUGCUAAAGGAUUACCAGCGUUUACAAAGAUACCGCAGGAGGAUCAGAUAACGUUACUAAAGGCCUGCUCAUCGGAGGUGAUGAUGUUGCGAAUGGCCCGACGCUAUGAUCACAAUUCGGAUUCAAUUUUCUUUGCGAAUAAUCGAUCCUAUACCAGGGACUCGUACAAAAUGGCCGGCAUGGCCGAUAAUAUUGAAGAUCUAUUACAUUUCUGCCGUCAAAUGUUCUCAAUGAAGGUGGACAAUGUUGAAUAUGCGCUACUCACUGCCAUUGUGAUCUUCUCGGACCGACCUGGGCUGGAGAAGGCCCAACUAGUCGAAGCUAUCCAGAGCUAUUAUAUCGAUACGCUACGCAUUUAUAUACUCAAUCGCCAUUGCGGCGACUCCAUGAGUCUUGUCUUUUAUGCCAAGCUCCUAUCGAUUCUCACCGAGCUCCGUACGCUGGGCAAUCAGAAUGCCGAAAUGUGUUUCUCCCUGAAGCUAAAGAAUCGCAAGUUGCCCAAAUUUCUUGAAGAGAUCUGGGACGUGCAUGCCAUUCCGCCAUCGGUGCAAUCGCAUCUGGUGGCCCAGCAGGAGGAGCAGGAGCGUCUAUCGCGUGCGGAGCGAAUGCGUGGUGCUGUGGGUGGAGCAAUAACCGCUGGCUUGGACACAGAUUCGGCAUCAACAUCAGCAGCAGCACUAGCAGCGGCAGCAUCUCAACAGCAGCAGCAUCAAACGCUUUCAGGGCUACCCCAACAGCAACAGCAGCAACCACAACAACAGCAGCAUCCCCAUUCUCAUCCGCAUCUACAUUCAAUGCCUGCCACAGUCUCUGCCUCAGCGAAUAAUAAUUCUGUAUCAGCUGUUAGCACUAGUAGUGAUUAUAUUGGCGGAGGUGGUGGAGGAGGCGGCGGUGGUGGUGGUGGCGUUGUGAGUGCCACCGGAGGUGGUCCCACUCAAGCAGUAGCCACAUCCUCUACAAGUAUAACAGCCACCGUACCAGCCAGUUCCACCACACCCAAUGCCAAUGCAGUUGGCGCAGUUGGGGCAGUAGGUGCAGUUGGAGCAGUUGGCGUAGGUGGCAAUGUGAGCAUGUAUGCCAAUGCCCAGACUGCCAUGGCCCUAAUGGGUGUGCCCCUACAUCCGCAUCAAGAGCAGCUGAUAGCCGGCGUGGCGGUCAAAUCGGAGCAUUCGACAACGGCAUAGCCCCAGCUUCAACUUCAGAUUCAAGAGCAACAUCAGCCACCCCCACAAAUGAUGACAAUGAUGGGCAGCUAUGACUAAGAAGGAAAGGAAAAGCUGCCACACAAAUUGAACAGAUAAACCUAAACACCCUCCAGACACACACACACACCCACACACAUCCCUCUCUAUAAACAAACAACAAAAAAAAAAUAAAACUUUUGAGGAAAAAAAAUCUAACGACAAGCGUAAAAUGCAGUUAUUUAGUGCUUAAGCCUGCAAAUAUUAGCAUUUAGUUUAUAACAAAAACAAAUAAUUAACAAUUCAAUGAGAAAACUAUAUAGAGAAAGAAAAGCGUUGAAAAGAAAAACCCCCCAAAACACACAAACACACAGACACACACCUACAGACAAACCUUUUUUAGUUACAUUUCUCGAAUUACAACAAAAAUUUAGAAUGAAAGCAAGAAGAAAAACUAAAAA